UGUGAACUUUAUAUGAAGAACAAAUAAAUAUAUAAUGAAUUAUUUAUUGAGUACAUUUCUAUUUUUAUCAAUUACCUUUAUUCCUUUAACAUACGCCGUAGUUUUUAAUGGCAAAUGUAAUUAUGAUAGUUUAAAUUAUUUAAAAAAUGUAACCAUCGAUAAUCUUUUAGUGUAUGAUGGUAAUAAAACAAUUUCACAAUAUUAUGUAAUUGCCACCUAUGGUUCUGGAUACCAGGAUAAAAUGUGUGUAACAGAACAGUUGGUGAAAAUCAACUCCACAUAUAUACAAGGUGCUCGUCAAUAUUUGAUACGUGGUGAUAAAACAUUACAAACACAACGUGCACUACAUACUAUUGAAAAGACUAAAAAACCUGGAUUUUUUACAAUUAGACGACAAGAAUAUGAAGGACACCCUUACUACACUUAUGAUGCCUUUAUAUUAUCCAAGGAUAAGCACAUCUUGUUAUUCUAUUUAUGUCGAGAUUUAUCGAAUGGAAAACGAGAUGUGACUGUAUUUGCAUUUUCAUCAACUCAAAGUGGUAUAACAAAUGUGGAUUAUGAAGAGCUACAACAAAAACUGAAACGAAGUAAUAUCAAUAUGAAUUUUAUUCAAUUUGUUGAAAAUGGUGUCACCGUAUGUCAAAUAUAAUUAUUUCUAUUAUACCAUGUUGGAAAAUUAUGUGU